AUGUGUCAAGUCUCAGGAGAGCAAGACUCCAUCAAAGGCAAGAUUGAGAAGACAUCUUCUGGAGUCAAGGUUAUGGGAUUGACUGCGCAAUCCUCCGCUCAAUCCAAGAAGGAUUCUGCAAGAAAAAAUUCAAGAACUCCUGCCAGAAAGCGCUACAAGUCGAGUACGAGAUCUCAGGGCACUCGUAACUCACCUGUGUUUGAGGAUGUUUCUCAUGAAAUUUCCUCUGCGGAUGAAGAGGAAGAUGUUGAGGCUUCUACUCCUCAAACUGAAGUUCUUGUAUCCAAUGUUCCUGAUAUGGAGAAUUCACCAUCUCUGGAUUCAUCCUUUGAGUCCAAGAACUCAGAACCAGAGAAUGAAGCCCACGAGGAGGUCUCUUCUGAGAAGUCUACCAAAUCUCCUCCAUCUGUUCAUGAAAUUUCAGAUGCUGAUGACUCAGAUGAUGUUCCUCUGGCAAGUGUUGCUGCCAGGAUGAAGAAGAGAAGAAGGGUUCCUGUUGAAGACACCCCCUCUGGUUCACAAAAGAAGGCCAAAUCCACAAUGGAUGUGAAGAGCAAAGGUAAACAAAAGGCUGUGGAUUCCUCACACAAGAAGGUAGAGAAAACUGCUAAGAAGAAGAAAAUUCCAAGGAUUGAUUUGGAAUCUGAGUCUGAUGUUGAAGUCGAUGUUCAGGACGUUCGGACUUCUGAAAAGAAGAAAUUCUCUGAUGAUGUUGGCAUUCCUGGAAGUGCUGAAUUCAGGAAAGUUUAUGUGCGAGGGAAAUGUGUAACUUUUUCUCCUGCUAUGAUCAACCAAGCCCUUGGAAGAAGUGAUGUGGAGUUUGUUGAGGAAGAAUUGUCUUUGGACAAGGUUGCCAAGGAACUCACUGCUGGACAAGCGAAGAAGUGGCUUGCUAAGAAGCUUUUAUCUACAGGGUUAUUGAGUGUGAAAAUUGGGAUUGAGGUGCCUUUUGAUUUUGGCUCUUUGGUGUUUGCUCAAACUUUGAAACAUGCAGAAACUUGUGCUGUAACGCUGCCUAUUUCUUUUCCUUCACUCUUGACUGCUAUCAUCCUAAAGCAGCAUCCCGAUAUACUCAGAAUGGAUGAUGUGGCUUUUCCUAAGGGUACCCCCAUCAAUUUGGAUCAUCGCUUGUUCCUGGAUCCCCAUGUCCUGGACAUUGAUAUGCCAUCGCGCAGGACAUCAAUUCCUGUUUCAAUGUCUGCUUCUCGAACUCAAAGUGUUAUUGCUGAAUUGGAGGAUCUUUCAAAGGAGCUGCAGGUGUCUAUCAAGGUUGCUACUGAGAGGAAGCUGAAGGUGGAUACUUUGAUUGCUAAGCUUAUAGAGGAGGUGUAA